GUGUCGACAUGUCUGUCACUCCUCUAGUGGAGAAGCCUUCAGAGGCAGCAGUAUCGUCCAAGGCGCUGAAUAAGCAGACGUUACGGCGCAGGUAUAGGGAGGUUCGGGAUGGCAUCGAUCAGACGAUCGAUUUGAUACCUGCUCAUCAAUACCUUCAAACCGUCACAUUCGGUGACUCCCCGUUGACGGUACAGGAAGCUGGCCACCAUGGAAGGCAGCUAGAUCCUCGCUAUGUGAAGGGAACUACUAGAGUGUUGGAGGAAGUGCUCAGUAAGCGGAAGGCUGAGCAGGAUAAGGCUUCUGGGGCUAAAAAGAAUGCUAAGAAGAAGAAGGCUAAGGUUACUCGCCCUGUCUCCGGUGCGGAACUUCGGGAGAAGCUUCAUGCUAAGAUCGAGGCUUUGAAGAGGGCUAGGGAAUCACAGAAGGAGUGGAAGAAGGCUGCGAAGGAAACAGAGGAGGAGGAGGGUGAGAACGCUGCUGAUGCUAAGAGGCUCCGAAGAGCUAAGCAGAAGGCGGCAGCAGCGGAGCGAAAGAAGAAGGCUAAGAAUGGUGGGAAGAAGAAGGCUGAGAUGAAGGCUGCGGCAGCGGCUAGGAGGAAGGAGAGGGAGGAGGAGGAAGACGCUGAGAAGACUAAUGUGAAGGAGGACCUCGACUUCAGCUCCUUCAACUUCAAGAAGAGGGCAGCUGAUGUCGAGGAGCACAAGGAGAAGAGGGUAUCCAAGCGACAGCGUUUAGAAAAGGAAAUACACGAAGCUGAGAAGGAGCAGCAGCAGAUUGCCCAGGCCUCCUCUGCUGAGGAGAGGGUGAAGCUAAGUCAAGAUAAGGCCAUUGAAAGGGCUAUGAAGAGGGCUGCUGGGGAGAAGGUUCAUGAUGAUGUCCAUAAGUUGAGGAAAGCUCAUAAGGCUAUUGAUAAGAAAAAGAAUAAAUCCCGAGAGGAGUGGGCUGCAAGGAGUAGAGAAGUGAAGGAGAAGCAGGCGGCGGCUCAGGCUAAGCGGAAAGAGAAUAUACAGAAGUACCGAGGGAAAAAUGCUAAGAAGUCGCUGAUGGCGGAGAAGAAGCCGGCGGAAGGCCAGAUGACUGCUGAGGGAAGUGCCUAGCUACGUAUGAUACCAAGUUGACCGGAUAUAUUGUCGGCCUCCGCCGUUCGCAUUUAUCUUCCUCGUCCUUCUCGUUUCUUCGUUUCUGUGUUCACCAUUAUCAUCAGCAGACGUCGGGUGCUGCUGAUGAUAUUACGUCCAACAACACUGUACGUCUACUACUAU